AUGGCUCCAACUGUGGAGGAAAUUGCAGCAAAAACAUCAGCAGACACUGGCCCCGAGAUGAGGGAUGAACUGGUAUGGAGCAAAAUCAGGCGCACUCUCCGAGAGCCAUUCGGCGAGUUCUGCGGCGUCUUUCUCCUAGUCCUGUUUGGCAAUGGAUCUGUUGCCCAGGUUGUCCUUAGUAAAGGCGAAAAGGGAGCUUUCCAGUCCAUUAACUGGGGAUGGGGUAUUGGUGCCAUGCUCGGUGUGUACGCUGCAGGAAGGUCUGGUGGCCACAUCAACCCCGCCGUUACUCUCGCCAUGUGUGUAUACCGCAAAUUCCCCUGGAGGAAGUUCCCCGUCUACGUUCUCGCCCAAUGCCUAGGCGGGUUCAUCGCUUCUGCCAUCGUGUAUGCCAACUACAUCACAGCAAUUGACUUCUUCGAAGGGGGUCCCGGGAUCAGGACGGUGGGGCUCGCCACGUCCUCCGCCGGUAUCUUCGCCACAUAUCCCGCUCCCUUCGUAACUCGCACAAGUCAAUUCUUCUCCGAGUUCAUCGCCAGUACAAUCCUGGUAUUCUGUCUCUAUGCUCUCCUUGACAACAAGAAUCUCGGAGCUGGAAACCUAACUCCACUCGGCGUUUUCUUCAUCAUCUUCGGCAUUGGAGCGUGCUUCGGAUGGGAAACUGGGUAUGCCAUCAACAUGGCUCGAGACUUCGCUCCACGACUGUUGUCGUAUAUCCUAGGAUACGGACCUGGCGUCUGGUCUGCUGGAGGCUACUACUUCUGGAUACCCAUCGUUGCGCCUUUCCUAGGUAGCGUAUUUGGCGGCUUUUUGUACGAUGUCUUCCUGUAUGAGGGUGACAGCCCCGUCAAUACUCCGUUGUUGGGGCUGAAGCGCCUUUUCCACCCUACGCCGGAGGUGUGGUCGAACACAAAAUCGGAGAUGUACGUGUAA